AUGGCAUUCAGAACUUACGGAAAGUUCUCUGCCAAAAGAUCGAUACGAAAAGAUCAAAUAGUUGAAUGGUUGGAAAAUCAUGGAAUUCAAUUCGAUUUGACAUUAAAGAAAUCGGAAUUGUUAGAGAUUGCUUUGGAGAAUAAACCCGUCGACGAGGUUGCACAAGAGUUCAACGUAGAAAUUUUGUGGCUGCCAGUACGACAUUGUUCAUUAAAUCCCAUCGAGAUUGCUUGGGCUGGAUUAAAUGAUUAUGCUCGUAAAAACAACACUAGUUUCUCGUUGACCAACGUUUAUGAAUUAGUCUCCGAAUUUAUUGCUGGAUUCGAUGACAAAGCCGCACAAGAUGCAAUUCGUCGUGCUGAAGAAGUGGGAACGCUGUACAAAGCAGCAGAUGAAUUUUUAGAAAAUACUGUUGAGCCACAGUUAAUCGACGACAUAUCGGAUACCGAGAUUGAUAAUCUUUCGGAUACUAGCAAUGAUAGCACGCAAUUUUGA